GGGAUUGACUUAAACAACCUACCAGAGGUGAAUGAGUUAUUUGAUGAAGACAACCCAAUCUCAAAUCCUUUUGCUGGUAUUGACCAAGAGUAUCUCCAAUAUGAAUACUACAAGAAGGAGUUUAAUCUUGUGGAACCACAAAAGAUUGUUCUUGGAAAAUACCACACAAAGAAAAGAAGAGGAAAUAGAUUGAGAGAUGUCGAAAAAACAGAUGAUGCAUACUAUAUUCCCUUGUUGGAAAGUCUGCAACAGCUUCUUAAUGAUGAGUCAAUUCUUAACGAGGUGGAAAAUCCUCAUUUUUGCAACAGUGAUUUUUUGUCUGAUUAUUGUGAUGGUGAAGGCUUUAAAGAGCACCCACUAUUCAGUAAAGAUCCCUUGGCAUUGCAACUUCUUAUUUAUUUUGAUGAAGUAGAAGUUUGUAACCCAUUAGGAUCAAGAGCUAACAAACUUAAAUUAGCCGCUUUUUAUUAUACAUUGGGCAAUAUACGCCCUGAACACCGGUCUCACCUCAAUUCCAUUCAACUACUUGGACUAGUGUCUAGUAAGCAUCUCAAGAUAUAUGGUGUGGAACCUGUGCUAAGAGCAUUUCUUAGAGACCUUCAAAAAUUAGAACAGGUUGGUGGCUAUGAGUUUAUAAUAAAUAAUCAGCGAAGAUGCUUUGCAGGAACAAUUGCAUUUAUAUCUGGAGAUAAUCUUGGUUCACAAUAUCUUGGUGGGUUUAAGCAAGGAUCACAGUCUUACAGAAAAUGCAGAGUCUGUAUGGGAAAUGCUACAGAAAUAACUGAAAUGUUUCAUGAGGAUGACUUUGUUUUGCGAACAGUGCAAGGUUACAAUGAGCAGUGUCAAAAACUGGACCAAGGAGAGCAUUUCAAAAAAACUUAUGGCCUGAAUCAGUUUUCUUUACUUAACAACUCAAAGUACUAUCAUGUCAUUGGAGGACUCCCCCCAGAUGCUAUGCAUGAUAUACUGGAAGGUGUGCUACAAUACAUUGUUAAAGAAUUAUUAAAAGAAUUCAUCUUUGAAAAGAGAUACUUCAAACUAGACGACCUUAAUAAAAGGAUGCAGGCAUUUGAUUUUGGUUAUCAUAAUGAUACCAAUAAACCUGCUCCAAUUCAAGCCCAAAGACUUCUUUCAUCAGACAAUAGUUUAAAGCAGCACGAAGUAGAUGAUCAGCACUGGGGGUUACUCUGUACCUUACUUCAAAUUGUUCGUAUAAGUUUUACUCCAAUUGUGAGCAGAGAGCAAGUUUCAUAUCUUCAAAUACUCAUUCAAAAGUUAUUACAAAAUUUUAAAGAAUUGUUUCCAGAAUGCAGUAUCAUUCCAAAGAUGCACUACAUGGUUCAUAUGCCAAGAGCAAUACUUCAAUUUGGGCCUCUUGUGCGAAGUUGGUGCAUGCGCUACGAAGCAAAACACCAUUACUUUAAGAGGUUGGCAAUAGUGAUUGGUAAUUUUAUAAACCUACCAUACUCGUUGGCAAAGAGGCACCAAGAAGGAGUUUGUUAUCGCCUACAGUCUGCUGAAGGUGGAAAUAGCACGUUUAUUUGCAAAGGCACUGAAAUUGGGCCAGGUAAAACAAUAUAUGUUGGUGAUGUUGAAGAGAGUGGGCUCAUUCGAACAGAAUCUCCUGAAGUGAACAGACAAACACCAUUGUAUAGUACCAAAUGGAUUACUAUCAAUGGAACAAAAUAUAAAGUAGGAGCUACUGUCCACAUUGGUUAUGAUUAUGUUGAAUUUCCCCAGUUUUGGGGAGUUAUUGGUAUUUAUAUCAUUAACCAAAAUGUUGCAAAUGCCAUGUUUGUUGUUUCAAGAAAACAGACUGUCAGGUUUUCUGAACAUUAUCAGGCUUAUGAAGUUGCUCAGUCAAAACAGAAGGAAAUUAAAAUUAAAUAUUUUAAAGAGUUAACCUCACAUUUGCCAUUUAACUUGAUAAAGCCAUUUGGGUGUAACACAAAAUACAUUUGCCAUAGAUAUGAAAUAGAUGUAGAAUAAAUUCUACUUUCCUGAACAAAGCAUAUUCAUGCAUUAUCGUAAUGUAUAUAUUAUGGCCUUUCAAAAAAGCUGAUUAUCUUUGGUAUAAAUUAUUCUAUUUACUGUUUAA